GAAAAUGUUGCCAUUGGUCACCGAUCAUUGCGGCGUAAACAGAGUCAAAGCGUCAGCUCUCUCUCUCUAUAGAAUAGAGGGAGAAAACCGAUUUUUUUCCUCUUCUUUUCGGCCUGCUGCUCUGCUCGUUCGUUUGUUCCUCCUCCUCCUCCUACCUUUCUUUCUUUUUGGCGUGGCUUUGGUGUCGAACGGUUGUGUCGUGCUUGUCUCGUGUCGACGCUUUGCCUUUCACGUCAAAAAGAAGUGUUCUUUUGUGAAUUUAUUACAUAGAUAUAAUUUCAGUGAUAUCAUAAUGAGACCUCAAAAUGGAGACGAUGGAUUUGAUGAGCCAGAGGUGCACCGCAAGAUUUUCAUUGGCGGACUAAAUUACCGCACCACUGACGAGUCUCUGAAAUCCCAUUUUGAAAAAUGGGGAGAAAUUGUAGAUGUAGUGGUUAUGAAAGAUCCGAAAACGAAAAGAUCCCGAGGUUUCGGAUUCAUUACAUAUUCCAAGGCACACAUGGUUGAUGACGCACAGAAUAAUAGGCCGCAUCGCAUUGAUGGACGUGUUGUUGAGACCAAGCGUGCUGUAGCAAGGCAAGACAUAAAAAAUCCAGAGGCUGGAGCUACAGUGAAGAAGCUUUUCAUUGGUGGAAUUAAAGAUGAUCAUGAUGAAGACCAACUGAGAGAAUAUUUCUCUGCAUAUGGCAAUGUGCAGAAUGUAAGCGUUGUCACUGAUAAGGCCACUGGCAAGAAGCGUGGAUUUGGAUUUGUUGAGUUUGAUGAUUAUGACCCUGUGGAUAAAGUUUGCUUAAAUGCUCCUCAUAAAAUCAAUGGAAAGCAACUGGAUGUUAAAAAAGCCCUACCCAAAGAUGGUUCUGAUCAGAGAGGUGGAGGCAGACAAGGAGGUGGGGGCCGUAAUGACAGCUGGGGUAAUGCUGGUGGAUAUGGAAAUAAUCAGGGAGGAGGUUGGAAUAAUUCCAAUCCUUGGGAUAAUAACCAAGGAGGUUGGGGAGGAAACCAGGGUGGCGGCUAUGGAGGUGGUAACGGAGGCCGAGGAGGAGGCUGGGGUAAUCAGGAGUUUGGGAAUUAUGGCCAACAAAGUUAUGGUGGGGGACCAACUAGAAAUCAACAGUACAGCAACAACCGUGCUGCUCCCUACAACAUGAACCAGGGUGGCGGCGGCGGUGGUGGCAACUACGGCGGAAACUAUGGCGGCGGACAGGGGGGCAACCGCGGAGGCAGAUUCUAGAAUAGGCUAUGUUUCGUGCUAAGUACACUAGUAAAGCAGUGUUAGUGCUAGUGUAGGCAGUACGCUCCGGAGCACUAGAUACACCUCUGGUCCACCCGCGAGACCACCUAGGAGAAGCCGUCAGGAAACCAAUAGACAUGUAGCUGGAGCUCUUGACUCAUUAUUAUUAUAGACAAUUCUAGAAUAUUUAAAAUGUGUACUGAUUUGUAAGUUGGUCUUCUAUUUAUUGUAGUACUUUGGGUACUUACCGUGACAUACUUUGUAAGAAAUAGUUUGUAAAAUGAGGAUAGUUACGUUUUAUACGAAUAAUUAAGUACAAUUUAGGAUAAUCUUUGUAAGAACUCCACCUGAAUGUAGCGGCUAGGCGAACUUAUUUGGAGUUUAGUUAAAAGGUAGACCUUAAAAUACAAUCAAUUUUUUCCAGACUUUACUCAGUAUUAAGUUCUCAAAUAGCUGUUUUAAUGUAGGUUAAUGAUUAAUUAUGACUGUAGGAUAAAUAUAAUGUAAAAAUAAAUUAAAAUACAAAAUCA